AUGUCGCUGAAACUCUCUGACCUCCUUCCAGCCCCAUCUGCUAUCACAGAGGAGUACUCACAAGUACGGCGGGAUCCUUGGUUUCGUGGACGAGAAGAUGCUUUGCCUUCUACGGCUGUUGUUGUAAAAGAGCCACCUCCGUAUGGCAAACGACAAGGAUUUAAGCCCCGUACUCCAGAAGACUAUGGUGAUGGCGGUGCGUUCCCUGAGAUUCAUUUUGCCCAGUUCCCCUUAGGAAUGGGCAUGGGAGAAAGGAAAGGGAAGAGUGAGGGUCAGAUUGCUUUGCAGUAUGAUGCAGAUGGUAAGCUAAGACACGACGCUAUCGCUAGAAUUGGCCAUGAUAAAAAUAAGGUUGUCUACACGAAGUUAGCUGAUAUGCGAGCAAAAGUAUGGGACGAAGAGGACGAAGACAUUCAACGCCCAGAUGAAGAAACGAUAGCAGAGCAGACAGAGAAGACGAGGUUGGCUCUGGAGAAGAUCACAGAAAGCAAGGUUGCAUCGGCUCUUCCUGUUCGUCAUGCCGAGAAACAGGCCCCGGCGCAGUACAUCCGGUACACACCCAGCCAACAGAGUUCUCUGCAUGCAGGAGGGUCACAACAACGAAUUAUUCGUAUGGUUGAGGAACAGAAAGAUCCUAUGGAACCACCGAAAUUCAGAAUCAACCAAAAAAUCCCACGAGCUCCACCUUCUCCGCCUGCCCCAGUGAUGCAUAGCCCCCCUCGAAAGGUGACUACAAAGGAUCAAAACGAUUGGAAAAUACCACCAUGUAUUUCUAACUGGAAAAAUCCAAAAGGUUUCACCGUGUCGCUGGAUAAACGAUUAGCAGCAGAUGGUCGAGGAUUACAGCAGACUCAUAUCAACGAAGGUUUCGCAAAGCUAUCGGAAGCACUCUACAUUGCUGACAGAAAAGCUAGAGAGUCAGUAGAAGCAAGAGCGCAACUUGAAAAGAGGGUCGCCCAACACAAAAAGCUUGAACAAGAAGCACGCAUGCGCGAAAUGGCAGCAAAAGCUCGACAGGAACGCGCUGGCAUACGAAAGAGAGAUGAAGAUGAAGAUGAAGCAGUUAAAGCACGAGAAGAAAUUCGGCGUGAUCGUUUGGAUGAUAUUCGCAAAGAGAGGAAUAUUGCUCGUAAUCGGCCAGACAAAGUGGACAAACUUAUGCGGGAUCGUGACCGCGAUAUUUCAGAGAAGAUAGUACUGGGAUUGCCUGACGCGAAAGUCCGAUCCACUGAAACACAGUUUGAUCAAAGGCUGUUUGAUCAAAAUAAGGGUCUUGAUAGCGGAGCGAUGGACGACGAGACCUACAACCCGUACGACAAAGCGUGGCGCGGUACCGACAGCGUUCAGCAACACAUUUAUAGGCCCAGCAAAAAUAUCGACAAAGACGUUUACGGUGACGAUCUUGACAAAAUCAUCAAUACUCAGCGGUUUGUGCCAGACAAAGGCUUUUCUGGAGCGGAAGGAAGUUCGCGAGGAGCUGGUCCAGUACAGUUUGAACGCGAGCAGGACGUAUUCGGUUUGGGUGAUCUGUUCCAACAGGUAAAGAAUAAACGAGGAGGAGAACGAGAUGCGGAUCGUGAAGACUCGAAAAGGGCGCGUCAUUAG